AUGGAGGCCUCAGAAGAUCGCAUCACGGAGAAAGUGCAGUCGCUGAGCGAUCUGGAGCUUGCCGUUCUCAUCUGCUUGGUCGCAGAUCAACAUUGCAUCAUCGAAGCGGAAAGGCAACUGACCCGUGACGUGCUUGAGGAGUUGAAGCUCGUUGCUACCAAUACUUUCGGACUAACAUGGGCUGUACUGGAAUGCACCGAGCACACCACGCUGGAUGAUUUCGGAAGCGGAAUCCUUGUGAGAGGAGAAGAGAACGACUACUUCGGCAAUAAAGCUGGGCGUGGUAGAGGGGAGCUGAUACGAGGCAAGCGGAACUUCACGAGGACAGCAGUACAUGCGGCCCCGAAACCAUUCUUGUUCAUUGCCUUGAAUGCUUCAGAUACACCGCGAUUAACCAUGCAUCUGAAUGAUCAGUUCUUCAUCUCGCACAAGCAUCAAGCAGAUGAUGGACUGCCAAAUCUUGAAGAGCUGCAAGAAAAGAAUCAUGCAUCAGACGACGGCGCAUCAAUGUCUUCCGUAGUUCACACGCCGCCAUUUCAACCAGGAAAGCAUAAGCCGCAGCAAGCAUUAUUCCUGCCUGAUGACCUCGAGACCUUGACGAAGCUGGUAUCGCAAGUCAGGAUCAGUUCCGAAGUAAGAGCCUAUCUGUAUAAUAUCAUCGUGUUCAUGAGGCUGCACCGAGCAGUUGCAGGCGGUAUCUCUGCGUUGGCAACAAGACACUUCAACACGCUGGCACAUACGCUCGCCCCACUUCACGGCCUCGACUACAUUUCCCCGUCCAUGAUCGCCCUUGCUGCUCGCAAGAUAUACCCACACCGCAUUGUCAUCACUGCACCAGAGAACGAGCGCAGCAUGCAAUGGGGCAGCUCGCUCGAAGCGGUCAAGGCUGUUCUUGAAGGUGUCACGGUUGAGGAUGUCAUCGAGGAAGUGCUAGAAUCAGUGGAGGUUCCGCUGUAG